AUGGCUGCCAAUUUCUUCAACAACAAGGCCCGCGCGGCCGCUGCCGCCUCCAGCAGCUCCAAGCCCAAAUCAGGCGAGGCCAAGGAAGAGAUCAACCGGCUACAGCCCUGGGUCGAGAAAUACCGGCCCAAGACGCUAGACGAUGUCGCAGCACAAGACCACACGACGAACGUCCUACGACGGACCCUCCAAGCUUCCAAUCUCCCACACAUGCUCUUCUACGGACCCCCAGGGACCGGAAAAACAUCCACGAUCCUCGCACUCGCCAAAUCCCUCUUCGGGCCAGCCCUCUAUCGCUCUCGAAUCCUAGAACUCAACGCCUCCGACGAGCGCGGCAUCGGGAUUGUCCGCGACAAAGUCAAGAACUUCGCACGCACGCAGCUCUCUCAGCCCACAGGCCUCGACGCGGCCUAUCGAGAGCAGUACCCCUGUCCGCCGUUCAAGAUUAUCAUCCUCGACGAGGCGGAUAGCAUGACGCAGGAUGCUCAGUCUGCGCUGCGGCGCACGAUGGAGCAGUAUAGUCGUAUCACGCGCUUUUGUCUCGUCUGUAACUACGUGACCCGCAUUAUUGAGCCGCUUGCUAGUCGGUGCAGUAAGUUUCGGUUUAAGGCGCUGGAUAACUCGGCGGCGGGAGUGAGGUUGGCGGAUAUUGCGCGGGCUGAGAACUUGGCAUUGGAGGAUGGGGUCGUCGAUAGCCUUAUUCGUUGUGGAGAGGGCGAUUUGCGUCGUGCGAUUACCUACCUGCAGAGUGCGGCGCGGUUGGUCGGUGCUACGAAACCUGCUGGUGGGGUGGAUGGGGAUGAUGAUGCCGAGAUGACCGAUGCUGGGAGUGCGGGUUCGGGACCCAUUACGGUUCGGACCAUUGAGGAGAUCGCGGGCGUGAUCCCGGAAGGGGUCCUGGACCGUCUGGUGCAGGCUAUGCAGCCGACGCGCUCGGGGUCUGCGUACGAGGCUGUCUCGAAGGUGAUUACGGACCUAGUGGCAGAUGGGUGGAGUGCCACUCAGGUUGUUGGACAGUUAUACCGCCGGGUCGUCUUCAACGAGGCCGUGCCCGAUAUCCAGAAGAAUAAGAUCGUCAUGGCCUUCUCUGAGAUGGAUAAGCGGCUGGUUGAUGGCGCAGACGAGCACUUGUCUAUUCUAGAUCUGGCUCUGCGCAUCGCCGGAAUCCUGGGCAGCUCUUGA